CUCCCCCACGUGCUCGUCGUCCUCCCCUCGCAUCUAACGUUCCCAGAGAGGGGAGGAGGAAGGAAACAUAGAUCGCGGUAUUGCUCGUCCUAGGGAUUAGUGGGAUCAUCGCGAGUUCGAGGAGAGCAGCGCGGGCCGAGUGCUCAGGAUCUCCUUCUUCCCCCGAUCAUCCAAUCCGAUGGUGCUGGUACUCGCGCUGGGGGAUCUGCACAUCCCGCACCGCGCGCCAGACCUGCCCGCCAAGUUCAAGUCCAUGCUCGUGCCGGGCAAGAUCCAGCACAUCAUCUGCACGGGGAACCUCUGCAUCAAGGAAAUUCACGACUACCUGAAAAGCCUUUGCCCUGAUCUCCACAUUACCAGAGGUGAAUAUGAUGAGGACGCUCGUUACCCAGAGACUAAAACUGUUACAAUCGGUCAGUUCAAGCUAGGGCUAUGCCAUGGUCAUCAGGUUGUUCCAUGGGGCGACCUGGACUCCCUAGCGAUGCUCCAGCGGCAACUGGAUGUGGACAUCCUUGUCACUGGGCACACCCACCAGUUCAAGGCCUACAAGCACGAGGGGGGCGUCGUCAUCAACCCUGGCUCUGCUACGGGCGCCUACAGCAGCAUCACCUAUGACGUGAACCCGAGCUUUGUGCUCAUGGACAUCGACGGCCUCCGUGUUGUUGUGUACGUGUAUGAGCUCAUUGACGGCGAGGUGAAGGUCGACAAGAUCGACUUCAAGAAGACCGCGACGAUGCAUGGCUGAUGACACCUGCCCAUGGCAGAGAUCCAUAGCCUGUCUGUUAUUCUUUCCCUCCUUUCUUGCAGAUCUUGUUAGUCUUUUGUACUGGCUGUGGUUACAGAUUAGUGAAUGGGAUUGUCAGAGGAGUGUGGUGUUAAGUUGCUAUCGGGUUUGUUGUCGAUUAAGAAAAACCAGGCUUCCAGUGGCCUCUCAGUUUGAACAUAAAGUGGAUAGAAUGAACGGAAGAUUGUACA